AUGGCAGAUACUUUGACACUCAGCCAAUCAGGAAACAGGGGACCUACUCCAGCACAAUGGGAAGCUCAGAAGGAAAAUAUACGGCGUCUCUACCGUGUACGCAACAUGACUCACAAAGAGCUCGCAGAAGAAAUGACCAAGAUUUUUGGCUGCCGGAUAACGGCGAAAAUGUGUAAAGACAGGACGACGAAAUGGGGGUUUGCGAAAAGCAUCAAGAAGAGAGAGUACGAGACCAUCAUUGAGCAGCAAGCUAAAGGAGAGCAGAAUAGACAGAUAUGGGUCAGGGGGAAGCAGGUGAAGCAACGUGAUAUAGAUAGGUACUUGAAGAGACGAAAAAUUGAGGACAGCCCUGCCCAUCGGUAUGUGGAUUCGGCAGCCAGUGUGCCGCAACCCACUCCAGAAAUCACAAAUUCAGGUCGGAGUCUAAUAUCAAGUAACGUGACAUUGUCUGAUCCAGAUGAUCAUCCGCCGGACAGCUCAAUGUGGUCCAUGACAGAAGACACCGCUACCGAGUGUGCUCAAGCGCAGCGUGCAGCUCUUGGGAAUAGCUUAGCUAUUGUGGAUACUACGGGAGCAUUGUAUGCUACCGAACAGAAUGAGCACGAAAACUUCUUGUCACUCAACUCUCCCUCGCCACAAGAGCCUUUAGCUUCCUUACUCACAACCCCUUCGUGGCCCACGAGUCCAGCCUUCCGUCUGCUUCUCCAGGAAGGGUUGGAAGAGUCGGAGCUUUCUUUUGCAGAUUCUGUUAAUCGCAUGGAAUCUAUUCUAAAUGAUACACAUACUACGCAGGUCAUGGAUAAAGCCCAGGAGAAGGCCAUAAAUCCACCUCUGGCAGGCAGUAGCCUUCGCAUCGAAGAACACCUGCCACAGCCAUCAAUGCCUCCAGGCUCCGAAGAGGUUUCCGAUGUUGCUUCCAGGUGGAUUUCUGUCUGCUCAUUAGCCUCACUCCAGCACUCAUACGGGAAGAUUGAAAUAAUGCGCCAUGCUCUAUACGAAGCGAACAAAUUGUUUGACGAGAUGAUCAGGACUAGCGACCGCCAGCUGCUUUCUUCUAUAGUUGUUUUCGGUGCCAUACUGGAGGCUCACGGAAAGGAUAACUCGGUGGAAACAUUGCUAUCGCAUACCUUAGUCACCUCUAGCAAUAUACUCGGUCCGCGUCACGCCAUUACAGUAACGAUCGCAUGGAUCGUUGAUGUACUUUCCAAGAAGGAACCAAAAGCCCGAAUCCGAGUCAGCGUCAGCAAACUUCGAGAAAUAUCCUACGAGUUCGAGAAAGACCACGGCAAGCUGCAUCCUUACUAUGUGACCAGUGUAUUCAACCUUGCUAAAGCUCUGGACUUGGAUAACUAUGCCGACGAGGCGGAGCCGUUGCUGCGAGAAAUCGUGGAGAUAUGUCCCCGUAUUUUUGCGAGGGGCCAUCCUCAGUCAAUUAUCGCUCAAAUGAAUCUGGCGAGGCUAAUUUCUAAACGCGGCCAAUUCGUAGAAGCAAGAUUUCUGAUGGACUCAGCAGUAUCAUCCAGUGAGGAACGCUGGGGAUCUAGUCAUCCCUACACUCUCGAAUGUUUAAGAAGGCAAGCGAUCAUGCUAGAGAGCCUGGAAUCGCCCGAACGGAUAGAAGAACUUCUAAAGAGGGUCUUGUAG